AUGUGCUUAACAUCCAAGAAAUUUGGCGGAAUGGCACGACGGAUUGAAGACGAUUUUGAGGCUUUCUCAGAAGUCAAAGGAGCGGUAGUCGGUGGUCUUUUUUGCAUAUUCUUCAUCUGCAUGCUCACCGUUUGCGGGCGCCGCCGGCGCCAAAAUCGAGUCUCCGCCGUUACGGCAACGCUCGGUGGAGGGCCUCCUCAACCUCAGUUUGGGGCGAAACCGAUGUUCGGUGGACCAUGGGGUCGCUCGAACGUCGGUGAAUCCAGCCCGAAUUACCAGCCACCACAGGCCGCGUAUAAUCCCGAGUACCCGCCCCAGAACGCACCGCUGCCACCGCCUGCAUACGGCCAAGAUGCUAACUAUGGAGGAGGUAAUCAGGCUCCCCAAGGAGCACCUCAAGGUCAGCCGAGUGAUAAUCUAUACGCUCCACCUCCCAGCCCACCGCCUCCUGAAGCCACGAAAGGAAACAACCAGUCUUUCAUAGGGGGUUUCUGA